CCGCGAUAGCCAAUAGAAAUGCACAAUGCAAAAUUGGCGCAGACGUUUCUUUGGGCGGCCAUUUUGAUUAGGUUCUGUGUACGAACAGUAAAGAGUUUCUAGUUUCUGUUGCGACAUUGUUACCUGUGGGACAUUUGGACGGCUUGACAGCAGACUGGGUCUCACUAAGGUCUGGACUGAGGAACAUAAAAAUGCCACCUGUAAAGAAGCAAGUUAAGAAGAGAGCUCCCCCUAAGCACAAACUCCCGGACCCGCUAAAGCCUGGAGAGGUGCUGACUGACAGCAUGAAGAGGCAGUGGAAAGUAGGAGGGGCUGUCGGACAGGGAGGAUUCGGACUACUGUAUGCAGCGUCUCCAAAUGGGCCUGGCACAGUUGGGCCAAAUGCAGAGUAUGUCAUCAAAAUUGAACCACAUGACAAUGGGCCCCUGUUCUCAGAAAUAAACUUCUACCUGAGGACAGCAAAGCAAGACAUGAUCCGAGACUGGAUGAAAGCUAAGAAGAUGAAACACCUCGGAGUGCCGAGGUACAUCGGAUCAGGCUCCCAUGAAGGGAAGAUGCGGCUGAGGUUCAUGGUGAUGGAGAGGUUUGGGGAGAACCUGCACAAGAUGUUUGAGUCAGCAGGGAAAGUUUUCACCAGGAGAGAUGUGGCCAUGUUAGCCAUAAGACUGUUGCACACCCUGGAAUACUUGCAUGAGCACCAGUUUGUUCAUGCUGACAUUAAGGGGUCAAACCUCUUAUUGGGAUUUACCAAAGAUACACAAGAUCAGGUUUACCUGGUUGACUAUGGACUUGCAUAUCGCUACCUGCCCGACAGUGGUCACAGGGAUUAUAAGGAGGAUCCACGGAAGGCACACGACGGGACUCCAGAGUUUACCAGCUCAGAUGCACACAAGGGUGUCCCUGCGGCUAGAAGAGGAGAUAUUGAGAUCCUUGGUUAUGUACUGCUGCAAUGGCUCUGUGGACAGUUGCCUUGGGAGGACAACCUCGCCAACUGUGACUAUCUCAGGGACCAGAAGAUCAAAUACUUGAGGAACAUUCCAUCUUUGUUGAAGGCCUGUUUUCCAGAGGGGGACUGCCCAGAUGAGAUGCGGAAGUACCUGGAGUACACCAGUGGUCUCGUGUUGAACUCAAGCAGAUACCAGGAGAGACCAGACUACAACUAUCUCCGAGGCUUGUUCACAUCUGCCUUGAAGAAGGCGGGCUGGAAGGAUGAUGGAAAAUUUGACUUUCUUGCCGCAAAACCAAAGGCCAGCAAGAAAGGACAAAUCAAAUCCAGCACAGACGAUGAUGUUCAGAGUCCACAGAAAGGCCGGUCUGUUUCCCCUAAGAAGAGAGCAGCUCCUAAAAAGAAAGCCGUAAAGAGGAGAUCUGAUGACUCGGAUGUCUCGCCACCCCCUAAGAAAAAAGCAGCACCAAGAAAGCAAGCAGUGAAGAAGAGGGUUUAUGAUGAUUCAGACUCAGACUCUCCUUCCCCAAAACCAAAACCGAAAGCUGCAAAGGCCAAAGCAGCAAAAUCGAGGAAAGCAAAGUCACCAGCAUCCAAGUCACCCAAGCCCAAAGCAGCGGCUGCAAAGCGAGGUAGGAAGGCCCGUGCCUUGAGCACCAUUGCCACACAGACUUCCCCAGGCCUGAUGGCCAGAGGAAGACUGUCCAAUGGAACAUGAGGAUUCCACGAAGAAUAAGCCUUUACAGAAUUACGAUGAGUGCCUAUUAUGGUUCAAACACCUGACUAGCUUUUUGUAUCAAUUAAGAAACGAUAGGUGGCUUUAUGCACAACAGCUCAUAAAAGAUAAGUACAUGUAAUGGCAAAACAGAUUUAUAGAAUAUUUAUGACCUUGUGCUAAGCAUUCUUGCUAAGGUGGACCUGGGGCUUUCAUUGCUGUAAGGCUUAGCAAUAAAGACUUGAAAUGUCACCAAUUGCCACCUGUCAACCAUGGCUGACAACAAACUUUAUUGUGACAUUGAAUGGUAGAGUGUCUGCAGGCUAGCUCACGCGAGGUAAAGAGGUUACAGGUUCAAUUCCUGGCUGUGUCCAUGGAAAAGGCUUUUUACAUGACUUUCUUCACACAAAAAUGGUACCUGACUUAAGUUGGUGAGGUAAAAGGUGGCAGAAGAACACUAAUGGACUUUGCCUUCAAAUACUGUGCCCUGGACACAGUCAAACCCAUUGCCCCUAGGCCAUGGAUCUACCUUCACCCUCUUUCACUUGUAAUAACAACUAUAGAUUGUUCUGUACUUUGUCUUUAAAGACAGCACAAUGGAACUGUAGACAGCAAUUUACAGUGACCAAUGGAUCAGUUGGACAGGCUUACAGUAGAGUCACUAAUCUGAAGACUAAGUUACAAUUAGUUGAACUUGGAUUUUCAAGCACUUAAGUACUUUGUUUUAACAUGGACACAUGUGGGUAGAAUAUUGAACAGUAUAUUUACACUCUUUUGUACAACACAAGCUAACUCUGUCACCAAAUAGAAACUAAGAACCUCUGUCUUUGUUGUAACCCUCUAUUAGGCUUUAAGAUAUAUGCCUCAAACAUAGCAAGUGCUACAAUAUAAGAAUGGUAUUGUUAUGUAAUAGACAUUCCAAGAAAAAUAUCUAAAUAGAAGAUGUACAAGCCAUACUUUACCUCUGGCUUGUAUGUAGUCUUCACAAAACUGUUUUAACUAGUACAUGUAUUAGCAUCUUCCUUGCACAAUGUGUUUUAAGAGGGCAAACUACCACUCUGACAAAAAUACAGCUUUGUUGAUGAUAUAACAUCUAAUCAAUGAUUUAGUCACAUGUUUUGCUAUUAAAAUCAAACCAGGUGGCUCUCUGGAUGCCCAGGUAGAAUACUAGUAUUACAAGAGAAAAGUAGAAAUGCAAAUGUACUGUAGCCUGCUGUCUGUAGCCUUGAAACGAUAGUAAACAUUGAUUAUUGAACAACACAGUUUCACUUCAGUGAUAGCUUGUAGUAAACUUGGCUUACUUGACCCUUUUUUUACAGGGUCAGAAAAUGACAAAAAUGUUUAUUGGUGGAAUUCCUUUCUAUUGUUGGCAAGUUUGGCAAAUUCAUUCCAUCAGCUACAGAAACGAUUGACCAGGUUAGUGUUCUAGAGUGUAUCCUGUGAUAUUGCAGACUUGCAACGGUUGCUGCCACCUAUUCCCACUGCUAUCUGAGCCCUCUGCUAUCUGGCUGCAGUCAUCUUUACUGUGAUAGGCUGUAAAGACAAAAUUAGGUAAAUGUAUUAGAGAGAAAUAUUGUUUUGUAUUAUUUUAAUAGUUGCUAUUUCCACCCUAAGGCCUUACUGUGUAUUCAAGCAGAAAAGUAUUUUUGUACUUCAAGUUUGAAGCAUUUAUCUGCUUUGUCCAUAGUGUUGUCUAUAUCUAGAAAGACUGAAUAAAAGAAUUAAAACCAAAA